AUGGGCGCCAAAGUUCCGCGUAACUUCCGUUUGCUGGAAGAGUUGGAGAAGGGCGAGAAGGGUCUCGGUGCCGAGGCCUGUUCAUAUGGUCUUGACAACGGCGAUGACCUCCUGAUGUCCGACUGGAACGGUACUAUACUUGGUCCACCACACAGCGUCCACGAGAACCGUAUCUACAGCGUAUCGAUUCACUGCGGCCCAGACUACCCCGACACGCCUCCCGAGAUCAAGUUCACAUCCAAGAUCAACCUGCCCUGCGUCAACCCUCAGAACGGAAAGGUCGAUGCGUCAAAACUGCCAUGCCUGGCUCAGUGGAAGCGGGACUUCACCAUGGAGACGAUACUGAUAGAGCUUCGAAGACACUCAGCGGGCACAAUCCUGUACUCGACUCUAAGACAUGCUCAAGCUUCGCAACACCACCAAGCCAUCUCAUGCAUGCCCCGAUUCCUGCAGCCUAAAAAGUCGACACAGCAUCGUGUAGCAGCGAUUGCUCUAUAUCGAGCUUUGCUGUCGCGAUGUUCCUCCGCUCCACUCCCGGAUGACGACCGCGUAUCUUUGCGCAACGCUAUUCGCAACAAGUUCCGACGGAACAGAAAGAUACAGAGUCCGUAUCAGUUGGGCCUAAGCUUCAAAGCCGGCUACCAGACGCUUGACCAUCUUGAUGCCUCCGCUACUGGAGACGCAACCAGCACAAGCAUUCUGACGCGGCUGGUUUCCCGACUACCCUGCGCUCUGACGCGUAUUCUACCAAUAAAGCCACGGCGAGAGACGCCGCCAGAUCCCCUCAAAGAACGGCUCGCGCGCCUACCACCCGAGAAAGCUGUCCUCAAUGUUCGUCCGUAUGCGCAAACUUCUGGACCCCGCCACGUUCCCAUACUCGCUUCUGCAAACGGCAUACCCUUCCUCCGGCUCACAAAGCCCCAGCCUCCAGCCUUGAGUCAAGUCCUCCACCAGAGACUAGAGCGAAAAACGGAGCUCUUCGACACCAUGGUUCUUCUGGACAAUUGGUGGCUGCCCAUAUGUCAGCAGGAGGAUAAGUGGGAUGUGCUCAUGAACGAGCAAUUGAAGAAGCGCGAAGAUACCGUGAGAUGGACAGAUGCGGUUCGGCUUUCGCAGUCGGAGAACCGGGAAGCAUAUGAAAAGGAUUUGAAGAAGGACAGACAAAUUACGAGGAAGAUGCAAAGGAUUGUAGACAUGGAGACCGAACUUGCGCUGAAGGAGGGACAGACAAUCAUAAGAGGAAGGAGGAGGCAUCCCAUACGAGUCAUCAAGCCAGAAUCGUGA